CACUUUCAUCCAGUUAAAAUAUGAAAAGCUGAGUAUAAAGCUCUGUGCAUGUCAGAAUUGAUAGAUUCCUUUCUUUGCCUUUCAGAGUUGUGAACUGGCAGUCAUUGCAGCAAUGUCAUCAGCUGUUACUACAGCUAAUAUUUAUGAAGCAGAUAGCUCCACAGCAGCAGACUAUUACAGUUACCUAUAUGAUGAAGGACCUGCUGGUGGCUACUGUACCAAAUAUGAUGUGAUUCAACUUACUGCUCUGUUAACCGCAGUAUUUUACUCACUGAUAACUUUUCUUGGACUCACUGGAAACAGUCUGGUUCUCUUCAUCUUGCUUAAAUAUGAAAGCUUAGUAUCUGUAACCAACAUUUUUAUUUUGAAUCUGUCUGUAUCGAACCUGAUUUCCUGCUUGUCUUUGCCUUUCUGGGCUAUAUACCAAAGCCAAGGAUGGAUUUUUGGAGAUGUGCUUUGUAAAGUAGUAAGUGCAGAUUUUUCUGUGGGAUUCUACAGUGGCAUUAUUUUUCUGACCAUGAUGACUAUCCAUCGAUGCAUUGUAGUGAUUAGUCCAUUGGCAGAGAAACCACAAAGAAGCUGCUAUGGCAUUCUAUUCUGCAGCAUUGCCUGGGUCACCAGCAUUGUAGUGAGUACCCCUGAAAUCAUACUGUUUAAUACUGAGACUCGGGACAAUAUUAUAUACUGUACAAAUCUGGCUCCAUCACUCUUCUGGAAAUUUUUUGGAACAUAUCAGCAAAACAUAUUUUUUUUUAUUUCUUUCAGUGUCAUUUUAUACUGUUAUAUUAAAAUACUGAGGAUACUGUGCCAAAAUCACACACCGAGGAAAAGAAAGGCUAUAAAGCUCAUCCUUAUAAUUGUAGUUGUAUUUUUUAUGACUUGGACACCCUACAAUGUAAUUAUAUUUCUGAAGUCUUUACGAGAUUUGAAUGUAUGGCAACUUGAUUGUGAAUACAGUAAGCAGAUUGAUUAUGCCUUUUACAUGUGUCGUAAUAUUGCUUUGUCACAGUGUUGUAUUAAUCCUAUAUUGUAUGCCUUUGUAGGAGUGAAAUUCAGAAGCCAUUUGUUAAAUCUGCUUAGUAGCUAUGUGAAAUGCUUUGGUAAUGCUAAUGUUAUUGCUGCAAACACCAACAAACAAGAUGGAUCUGAUUACCAUCACCUUUAUUAAAACCUUUAUUAUGAGAGGUUAAAUUUGAUUUAAGAACUUUCAUCAUCUUUACUUAACUAAGAGUAUAAUUUGUCACAGUAAAUAAGACAGCAGACAAUCAAUAGAAAAAGUUUACUAAAAGCCAAAAAGUGAAUACAAAAAUGUAAAUAAAAUACUAAUACUAUUUAUUAAAAACAGCAUUGCUGUACCAUUUGUUAAAC